AUGGCGUCCUUGGCCUCGGCUCCCUCAUCGCAAAUUAUUCACGACCCGGGCGAACGCAAAAAUGGCACACAAUCCAUCACGUUAGCAAAGAUGGUAUCUGGUGCGGAACACGCGGCGCCCUUGCCACUGCCAACCGGUGUAGCGGGCGGGUUGUCUGCGGACGAUGAACCUGUCGAGAUCACUGCUGUCCAGAAGAUGGUGUCAGCCAUUUCUGGCAGCCUAUUGACCGGGCUUCUAGUAACACCCUUGGAUGUCGUUCGUGUGCGAUUACAGUCGCAAACUAUCGCCAAGCCUGAAUCAUCGGUUAAGGCUCACAAACUACCCCUUAUCUCCACAAGCACAUUCCGCCCGCCGGCCAAUCUAGGCGUCACGGCGUGCUGUCGCGAAGUCUUCUUCAUGAACAACAAUGCCCAGUUCUGCGUCGUCGGUGGCCACACAGAGCCUAGCAAUUCCAGGGUAGCCGCUCUGGAAUGCGCAGUAAAGCAGACGCAGCAGAGAACAUACAACUCGACUAUAGAUGGACUCAGGAAAAUUGCCCGGAAUGAGGGCGCAACUGCUCUGUGGCGAGGUCUAUCCCCGACACUUCUUAUGGCGGUUCCGGGAAACAUAAUAUAUUUCACUGGCUACGAAUGGCUCAGAUAUAACAGGGAAAGCCCCAUUGUCAAAGUCAUCAAGGAAGACUAUUCACCCUUGGUCGCAGGCAGUGUGGCAAGGAUACUGGCAGCAGGGGCCGUAAGCCCCAUCGAGCUCUUCAGAACCCGACUUCAGGCCUCUCACGGCUCUUCCGCAGCAGGACAUCUGGCCGACACGUUCCGAGGCAUUCGCGAGAUGGUCGGGCUCCAGGGCUAUCGGUCACUAUGGCGUGGUCUAACUCUUACUCUCUGGCGGGAUGUGCCCUUCUCUGGCAUGUACUGGUGGGGCUACGAGUUCAUCAGAGGAAGUCUUACCGAUGCGCGCGAGCGGGGGAGGGGUCAGACACGCGAUGCAGACGAGUCCCGCGGACGUGUCCGGAGGAGGUCACAGAGCCGUGAGAACCACGCCGAGACUUUUGUGGACAGUUUUGUUGCUGGCGCACUCUCUGGAGCGUUUGCAUCGGUGGCGACCAUGCCUUUCGAUGUUGGAAAAACGCGCACUCAAGUGUACCAGAGCAAUGGCGGCAUGUCCAAGACAGCCAAGGCUGUGGCACCCGAGGAGCGGAGUAUGGUGCAACUGCUUUGGCACAUUUUCCGGACCGAGGGAGCAUCCGGGUUGUUCAAAGGCUGGAUUCCAAGGACGCUCAAGGUAGCGCCUGCUUGCGCCAUCAUGAUCAGCAGCUACGAGGUUGGUAAGAGGGCGUUCAGGAGUAUGAACGAAAGGAAAUUACGGCAAGAGAUGGAGCUGAAGCAGUCCUAA